AUGGUUGAGAAGGCACAACAACACUUCUUCUUCCUCAAGGGGAUAAAGAAAUUUGGCACAUCCAUAAGGAUCCUCACCAACUCUUACAGAUCCAGUCUAUAUGGAUUCAUCAUGGCUACUCUGCCUGGGACCAUAGUUCAAGCUCAGACUAGGAUAGCCAACAAGAAGAAGGUCGAGAAGAAUAGGGAUUUCAAACAGGGCAAGUUGAGGUUGGAGUUCCGAGCACAGAGACACAGAGCCUACAGGCAGCCUGGAGCUGCUCAGAUAAAUCUGACUCUGCCUAAUAAUGCUCACAUUCAACGUAUCCUCGGUCUCCUGAUUGUAAAAUUGGUUGAUGUUGUGAUUAUAUUGCAAUUAUCUUCGUCCCCGUCCGAAAGGAUGCGCUGGAGUUUGGUAUCGGCGCAGCUUGUGGCGGUGCUGGCCCUGGGGAUUCUCCCAGGCUCCGGGAUUUCACCAUGGCAUUGGUGUCCAUGUUCAUCUCCGAACCUGUGUGACCGUGUGCCCGCCGACCAUCAGUAUCAAGUCGAGGCCAUUGUGUUUGAUAAUGGAGGAUCGAGUUGGAAACAUUAUGACUGGUCGAAGAUCACAGCAGUUGUUCUCGGUGAAAGAUUUGAUCUAAGCCUUUUAUGUUCAGCUCAUGAACAUAAGGUUCGAGUGAUCCUAAAAGCAAAGAUAAACCUUGAUGUUUUGGCUGAUCAAAUUCACAGCAAGAGAUGGAUCACUCGCAAUGCUGAUUUUGUAAAAACGCUGCAUAUGGAUGGCAUCAAUAUGGAAGUGAGGCAGGCGAUUAACAAUGAAUCUACACUUUACAAUGGCCUAACCAGGAUGAUUAGGGAUACUGUAGAAAUGUUCCACGAAAAAAUACCAGGAUCCCAGGUUACAUUUAAUGCACCCUGGUCUCCUCAUUGCGUGGAUGAUCAAUGCUAUGACUUUGUGGAACUCGCAAAAGCCUGUGACUACUUAAUAGUGAAAUCCUUUGAUGUGCAGAGUCAGAUGUGGGAUGAAUGCUUUGCAAAAGCAAAUGCUCCCUAUGAUAAAGUCUUUUCAGGUCUCUCUGCUUAUGUUAAGCUUGGUAUUGAUCCCAAAAAGCUGGUAAUGGGAAUUCCAUGGUUUGGUUAUGACUAUCCCUGUGAGCGCUUCUUUGAGCCUGGUAGAUGUAAUUUGGAAGAAUAUUCCUUCAGAGGUGCUCGGUGCAGUUCUGAAAAAGCGAAGGUGGUCCCAUACAAAGAUAUUAUACAGCAGCUGCCCAAGUCUAUUACUGGCAGGUACUGGGAUGAUAACUACAAAGCCCCAUAUUAUGUCUACAAGAAAGAUGAUCAGUACCACGAGGUUUGGUAUGAUGACCCCGAGAGCAUUUCUUUAAAAUCAUCUAUCUUGAAGAAACUAAAACUCCGUGGCAUCAGUGUGUCAGCAGGAAAUAAUCUAAACUACAGUACGAAUCCAUUAGCAGCAAUGCAAACUGAAGAAAUGUGGAAUGCUCUCUGCCCUUUCUGAGGGCAAGGACAAGUUUGAUUGUAUUGUAUUCACAUGAACAAAUGAAUUUUGCUUGUUAAAGCAGCAGAGUGUAAGCUAGUUUCCAAACUAGAUCAUUUACCCAAAAUAUUUCUGUAAUAAUGAACUUCUGGAAUGGAAAGCAAAUCUACUGACAAGCAAAACAAGGUCUGGUCACUUCAAGCAACAUAUUAAAUUGUUUACAUGAGCUCAAAAAUCUAAAUCAACUAUUUCAAUGCUUAAUAACAUAACCAGGCAGGACCUAGAAUCCCAAGAACAAUUCUGCUUUCCUGUUGGGUAAUAAUUGAAUCUGAUAUGCACGUGUAUGUUCUUACUUUAAUGCAAGUUUAAUUCUUAAUUGUUUUCAAGAAAGACAUAGAUAUAUUUCUUAGGGCUAGACAAAUCAAAGUGUAUGGGGUGAAAGUGGGAACAGGGGAUUGAGUUAAAUAAUCAGUCAUGAUCAUAUUGAAUGGCAGA